AUGGCUGGUGCUUGUGGACGUUCGAAUCGUAGUCAAUCAAAAGCAAUGAUAUUUGCACCUGGAGUAAGUUUUAGCAAAAAAAAAAAAGUUUUAGUUUUUGAUCAUUAUUAUCUCGUUUAUGAUAUUUAACUCAGUUGAUUUUAUUUGAAUAUUAGCUGUAUAUCAUUCCAGUCGAAUAAGUAAAAUCAAGAUAGUAUAUUCGCUUGAAUAAAUCUUUUUUUUAUUAUAUUUUGCAUGUUAGUGUAUUCUUGAGAAGAAGAAAAAAA